AGUAUAUUUUCUUGAACAUAUUGAAGAAUUGAUCAAAUAUAUAUGUCCAUUUCUGGUUUGCACAAACAAGAAAAUGCAGGAGGAAGGGUGGCCUCUGGGACUGCAGCCCUUGAGUUUAAGGGCAGGGGUGUCGAUGCGGUUGUCGUCAUUAUUGUUCAUAAACGAUAGGGGCACAACACUGGGAAGCCCAAUUGGGGUUCCACAAAUGGUGAACAUCUCAUCAUCAUCAUCAUCAUCAUCAUCAAGAAGAAGAUCAAGAAAUGAAGAAGCUCAAGUAGUAGCUGAAGUGGUAAAGAAGAGCCAGCUGCAGUGGAGGAAGUGUUUCUCAUUCUCGUUGUGCCCCACGGUUAGCCGCACCGAUGCCUCUGAGGCUUCCAUAGUACGACGACCUUCCUCGUCGGCGCCACUUGCCCAUUUUCUAGCUGUGGAAAGGAGAGCAAACUGCGGGCAGUUUAAGACCAGAAGCCGCCGCAGCCGGGGUCGUUUCCCAGUGAUUAAUUACGUGCCAGAUGAAUAUGAGUGUGAUGUUUAUGGGCAAGAUGAUGAUGAUGAUGAUGAUCAUCAUAUUGGAAUUGAAGAGCCAAAUUCACUCUUCACAAAUGGUCACAUUGCCCCUCCCCCGCCUAAGUUGAGGGAAUGGGGAGAGCAUUAUUUUGGAGCCUGAACAUGAGAUAUGGUGACCACGCUAGGCUUCUUCUAGCUAGGCUGUUCCUUUUUCAUAUUUCAUGCUUUAAUACUUGUGGUUAAACUUUGGUGUUUUGUUCACAUUAUUCUCUUAUUAUAUCAUAUUAUUCCACCUACUUUACAUGCACUGCUUUCACAAUUAAUUAGAUAGUUAAGCGGCACAUAUGUUGGUGAGUUUAUUAGUGUCAUUCGACUAUUUUGGAUGAUUGCGAUUUGUUUAGAGAUAAGAUAGUGAAAUCAUAACAGGUAUUGAUACGAGUUACAACUUGCAAGGUGUGAAGUAAACACUAGUUCUAAUA